AUGGAUUUAGUAAAUAGGAUUAAUAUUGUAUUGAUUUUAUUAGUUAUUAAAGAAAUUAUUGGUUCUAAUGAAGCGCAAGAUCUAUCGGAUACCAUUAUUAACGACUUAUAUAAAAAAUACAUGGAAGCCUUAAAUCGAGAUGGAGAUUUGGUCAUACUACGACGUCAAUUCGAUCAGAAUCAACUAUUUGAGAUACACGUUAAAAAGUUAAAAGAAGUGAAUGGAUACAAACUGCAUAAUCUAAUGAUCAAAGGGAAAGUACGGUCUGGGAGUCCCUUUAUUUACAUAAACAAUCCAGUUGAAUCAAAAAUGCCUAACGCCUAUUUGACUUUAGAAGAAUUUAAGGAGGCAUUAACUAAGAGGGUUCAGAAGCAUAAAAAAACAACAUUGAAUUUUGUUGACGUAUUUUUCACAACUAAAAAACCUAAUACACGCCUUCACGUGAACUCCUCAACUAUAUUAAAGAAUGCCACGAAUGUUUUGAAUAUCACAACGAAUCUAAUAAGGUCAUCCUUUACAUCAUCAUUGAAAGAGGAAAAUGCUAGCAAUCCAAUUGCUUCAACUAAAGCCGCAACGCCUGAGAAGUUGUUGGAAACUACAAAUAUUUUGAACACUUCUACGACUCCAAUUAAACCAGAUUCGCCUACCGAAGAAACGAGUCUUACUACAGUUAGAAUAGAAGAUUUAAUGUUUUUGCGAACAUUACCAAUGAACUACACCUAUACUGAAAUAGAAAAUUAUAGUAAUAUGUCUGGAACUUCAAAGACAUACAAAAACAACACUGUAAACCCUAUUAAUAUGACUUCAAUCAUAGACCCACAAAUAAAUGAUACAAAACAUCAAAAUGCUUCACACCUACUCAAGGAACAGCAGAAACUAAACAAAGAUGUUGUAACAUCUGUUGGUUCUAUACCGAUUACAAUAACAAAACUUCAAGACAAGGGAGAUAUGAGUAAUCCUAAUAAGACAAAUGAAAAUCAAAUUAAAGAUGGAGUAAAUAUGAUAACAGAUUAUCCCAGUACGAAAAUUGAAAGAAAUGAAACUUAUAACCUUAAUGUCACUAUUUUAACAAGUCCAGAGAUUGAUACAACAUCAUUACCGAGUGUAAGUUCCAUCAUAAAUUCAACGAGUGCUAGUAAAAUUCAUAACGUCACUGAUACACAUAUGUCAUUAUUUAAUAAUACAUAUAAAACGAACAAUAUAACUAUAGAAGUUCUUAGUACAAUUUACACUCAAGUAUAUCAAAACCAUAGUGACGUGACUACCACCGAUUUGUCAGAGAAAACUACAGAAUCAGUAAUAACAAAACUAUUGAAACCAGAGAUAAAUAACGAAAAUAACACAGAAAAUACAAAACUAGAUACAUACAUCACAGUUGCAACUAAAGCAAUUACAAAAGUAAUAAAUGAAAGUAUUACUUUUAUUACCAAUACUACAUUAUUGACUAAUAGCAGUAAUUUAAUUACGUCCACAAACACGAGUACUACGCAGACCUCAAAAAGGGUCCCGAAACGAAAAGUAACCUCGGAAAUUUCUACUAUAAGAACGCCGUGGCGUAGAAGAACGUUAAAGAGGUCUACCACAAAAAGUACGACCAAAACCAGAAGGUCAACGUUGGGAAGACCACUUGUAUUUAUGGGAGGGCCCUGA